CACAACCCUUGCUUUAUGCUGAUUGGCUACUCAUGCCUGUGGACUUGGUUUAAAUUCUGCGAGACCUGGCCCAUUCCACAACACAACAUUGCUGUGCUCCUCACAUCAUCCACUGCUGAAUACUGGAAAAGAGCCCUCGGUGAUUUGCAGCGUCAUCCAGACUGCAGACAAGAUAUUGAACUGAAAAUGAAAACUGCUGUGUUCAUCGUCUGCCUCAUAGGCAUGGCCUGCGCAUUACCUUACUCAAGUGAGAGCCACAGCAAGUCUAUAUCAGAAUCCCACCCAGAUUCCUCCUCCUCCUCCUCAUCAUCAUCAGAAGAAAGAUUCAGGACUGCCCCUACUGUUAACACCGCAACAGUUCAGUCUAUCAUUACAGAAGAUUUUCCCAGAGGAGACAGUUUACGUCUUAGACGUGCACUUAAAGGGUCUUCAGAAUCUUCACCCCAGGACACAAGCUCAAUUGAAAGCCACACAGACUCUUCUUCCUCAUCAGAAGAGGUCCGAACAGUCCCUACUCCUGAUGAAACAACACUUAUACAAGCAAGGGGUGACUCCUUUCGCCGUAGACGUGCUCUUGAACAGACUGCCCAUGGAAGCACCUCACAUUACUCUGAAGAGAGUGUGACCACCGAGAGCACAAGUCACCAGUCCCACCCAACGGAGAGUUCAGAAGAAGACAGCCAUGAACAUAACACCACCAACAACCUUCUACAAGGCAUCCUUAGUGUCACUACAGCAGAUCCAGACACAUCGGAAGAAAGCUCAGAGGAAAGGACAACUCCUGUCCUCCAGCCCUAAGCAUGACGGUCUAUCCUCACAUUAUCUUUUGUUUGAAUGAUUUCUGUUCUGUCAAUGUAAUUCUUUAUUGAGCCUGCUCCAAGUUUAGUGCAUACAUAAUGAAGAACCAAAGUCUUUUUCUCAUUUAUUUACAAGUAAUAUUUUUAGUCACCAAGCUAGUCUUAGUUUUAAUAGGGAGCUCUCUCUUCCCUCAAGGUGUAGAACCAGCCCAACACCAGUUUAUUCAAGUGUCUACGACUCUAGCUGCUAUAAAAAUACAAAAAUUGAGAUCAAUUGUGGUUCAUCAGUAUUCACAUUUGUGACAUACUAGUAGGAUGGAUUAAACAAAAGCUAUUAAGACUAUUUCAAGGCAAUCUUAUACCAGGCUGUUUAUGUAUCCUCACCACCAGAAGCAUUGUUACUGUGCUUGCCCUGAGGAGAGCUAACUGAAAUGAUGGGUAUCAAUGUCAAUGUAUCGGCUGCUGACGUGUAAUGAACACUUCUCUUAGAGACUACUUCUAUAACACUAGGGACAUGUAUGCAAUUUCCAGUGUCUUUUGCAUUGCAGAAAUGCAGAUCUUUCUACUGCAUGCAUUAAUACUUGAUUGUAAUGUUUAAUUAACUGUAUAGAAUGAACUGCCUAUGUUUUACAUGUUUUUUUCUGACACUUCCUCUGUAUCGCAUUUACAUCAAUAACACAUUUUGGUAAUUUUUAGUUGAAGUGUAAUAAACAUUUAAACAA